AUGUUUUCGAUCGAGAAACCAUUGAAUCCAACAAGAACUCUCAUCAUUGCUGGAUUUUGCGAUUCCCAAGAGCUUGAAGAAUACAAAAAUAGUGUUUACAAUUCAGAGAAGAUGGUCGAAUAUUACACCAUCCCACAUCACAACGUUCUUUUUCUGGUCUUCUAUGAUCUGAGAGAAUCUGUGAAAUUUUACAGCAACUUCAAGCAUGAAGAGCUGGGCAUCAGCUACUCAAUUUCAAAGCAUGAAUUGCCAAAGAGAAACGAAGAGUGCACAGAAAAACAUCUUCAGGGCUCUGUCAUAUUCUUUUUUAAAAACAUUGAUGUUAAGAUUGAGGAUAACUUUGUUAUCAACUUUCUGAAGCAAUAUGGUGAGAUCAAGGCACUGAAGUAUUCAUCCACAUACCAGAAAACAAUAGAAUUCUUUGAUAUCAGAGAUGCCAGGAAGGCGUUUAAUGCGCUUAACGGUUCACCAUUUGGCACUGGGGAGAUUAGCUGUUUCUGGGCAUGGGAUAUUCCUGUUGGAUCAAGAGUUGAAUAUAUAAGGCUAGCUGAUGAGCUCAUCAGGCAAGGAGGCAGUGAAGCAUCACCAAAGAGAGCGAGGAUUGAGAUAAAGUCCGAUGCAAAAGUUGAAGCCAGUUCUAAAAAGAAUAUGUUUGUUGCAGCUUUUGACAAGUUUAUAGUAGAGAAUAUUAUGGAAAUCGAAAAGAUGUUUAGAUAG